AUGAGCAGUCUGGCAUCCUCGUUGCUAAGUCGGUUACAGAAUAUUGUUGCAGUUGCUCAGCCUAAUCAGCAUGACUCAUCAAGCAACCCGGUGUUGUUGUUAUCGACACCAGAGGUAAGUUUCAUUGUCAUAAUUCAUGUUUUUUGUUAAGGAUACCAAAAGAAUUGAAAAGUUGAUGAGGUUGAUCAGCUCCGUUCUUAAACUAUGCAGUGAUAAGAAAUUGGGGUUGAAGAACUCACCGCCAUUUAUUUGCGACAUAUUGCCGGAAAUACGAGAACACAUGGUGAAGAUAUUGAUAGAAGAUUCAAAUGCCAUCAAGUCGAACACGUAUUUUAAGGUUUUCAUAGCUAACAUAACUUCCAAGUGCAAAGAGGUGCGUUAUCUUGUGUUGUAGAACUGUUUUAUUUUUUAAAAUCUUUUUAUAUAAGAUUUACAACUGAUUGAUAUUAUUGUAAAGAUUGUUUUAGACUCGAGAUUUGUUCAAAGAAUCAGGAGAUAAGAUGUACGAUGAAACCUCACAGGGACGAACACGGUUAACCAGGAAGACGUUGGUGUUUUCUCACAUGUCACACGAACUGAAAGCUCAAUUUGAAGACGGAAAGUUUAUUGGAAAUUCUUUUAAAUUGACGAAACAGCCGGCCGAUCAAUUCUGGAGAACUCACUUUGGAUUCAGAACUAUCGUGCCAUGGGAAGAGUUCAGAUUGGCAAUUAUGGAAUUAAAUGGCUUCACUAAUGAAUACCCGAUUUAUGCACUUAAGGAUACCAUUGAUCUUACAAGAAACGACCACAUAUCAAACUUUGAAUUUGAUGUUUUUACACGGUGAGCCUACGUUUUUUAUGUUUAGUUAUUUUAGGAAUGCUACUGCUGUUUUCAAAUAUAACUAUUUCUGAAAAACAAUUUCAGAUUAUUUCACCCUUGGGAUACUUUAUUAAUAAACUGGCACACAUUAACUGUCGAACACCCGGGUUACAUGGCAUAUAUGACAUACGAAGAAGUGAAGAAACGACUAACACCUCAUCUUAACAGACCUGGAAGUUUUGUCUUCAGAAUGAGUUGUACAAGAUUAGGCGAAUGGGCGAUUGGUUAUGUGGCAUGCGACGGUAAAAUUUAUCAGACAAUACCUCAAAAUAAACCUAUAAUACAAGCCUUGAUAGAGGGAACACGAGGAAAGUAGUAAGUUAUCUUAAUUUCACUUUUGGAUUUUAAUCUUCUUCUGUUACAAUUUAAUUAAUUUUAUGUUUGUGUAAUUAUGUAAUGUAUUUAAAUAGUUGAUCGUAAAAGUAUUCUUUUAGUUACUUGUUCCCAGAUGGAUGCAACAAAAAUGUAGAUUUACAAAAAGCGUUACCAGCUAGUUCAGACAAGAUGGUGAAAGUGACUUCAGAACAGUUUGAAUUGUAUUCUGAGAUUGGAUCUACCUUUGAAAUAUGUAAAAUUUGCGACGAACGGAACAAAAACAUUAAACUGGAACCUUGUGGACAUCUGAUGUGUUUGCCGUGCUUGAAUUCAUGGGUUGUAAGUUUUGAUUUUUGUUAAAUUUUGGAAAAACAUUAAUUGUAAUGUAACAAUAACGUUUUAAGGUUUUAGUUUAAAAUUUUGGAAUACUUAUAUCUUAUGUAAAUUGUCAUUAUGUUGUUUAGGAAAGUGCCGAUAAUGGGAAAACUUGCCCAUUCUGCCGUUCUGACAUUCGUGGAACAGAGAACAUUGUCAUAGAGUCCUACAGACCUUCCAAAGCCGAGAAGCACGUUCAGGAUCCGAACGAUCUUAUCAGGUUCAGUUCUCCACCUCGAGAGACAGCUCCGAGUGUCAGAGACGAAAACCUGGUAAACGUUGACUUUUCACAAUCUUAG